GCGCUCGAGAUGGCAGACACGACGAUCAAGGAAGGCAUCGGCGUCGGCCUGUCCACUGAUCAAGCUGCAUCGACCUACCAUGACAUGGCGGUCCUCGAGUCGCGAGUGAAGAAGCCUGAUGUGAAGCGAGUCGCCGACCUUUACAAGAAGAGUCUGUGGCUCGUGCCAGACCGGCCGAUCACUCAGGAGAACUAUGGCCUGACGCUCGCCGUCAUGGGUCACUUCGAGGAUGCGCUUGGAGCUCUCAAGAAGGCAGAGCAGCUUGGUCGCGGAGAUUCUGCAGAGCUGCAGAACGGGCUCGGAGCUAUUUACUUUCAGCAGGGCCAGCUGCAAAAGGCGAAGUCUCGUUUCAGAAAGGCUACAGAGUUGCGCCCUGGUUGGAGGGAUGCGAAGGAAAACUUGGAUGCUGCAGCGGCCACAGUCAAGCGGCUGUUCUAUGAGAUUGUGGUGGCUCCGGUCAAGAAUCCACUGUUGUUCUCCGGAGUGCGAAGCCCACCAAAAGGCGUGCUGCUGUUUGGGCCCCCUGGAAACGGGAAGACGAUGCUCGCCAAGGCUGUUGCAAGUGAGUGCAACGCCACCUUCUUCAGCAUCUCCGCUUCCUCUUUGACUUCCAAGUGGGUUGGCGAGUCGGAGAAGCAGAUGCGAGCUCUCUUUAGCCUUGCCAGGAAAAUGCAGCCUGCAGUCAUCUUCAUGGAUGAGAUUGAUUCCAUGCUCACAAGCCGGUCUGCCGGUGAGCAUGAGGCGGCGCGACGCCUGAAGACAGAAUUCCUUGUACAGUUGGAUGGUGCUGCUUCAGGUGGUGAAGACCGAGUUCUGGUACUGGGAGCUACCAACAGGCAC